AUGAUUAAGAUGCAGCGGCCAACCAGACCGAGGGUCCACAGUGGUCCUGUCAAUGCAAUGUUCGACGACAUUGAUGACCUUCUACGCAACGACACAACGACGGACAGCCAAUUACCUCCCCCUCCGUUCGCGGUAGCAGGCUCGGCUAUCGCUACUGCGGCAACACUUGCCCUGGCCAAUGCAGAUCGAUCCAACAUAGCAGCUUCCGAGCGAUCGGUUCCAGCAUACCAGCCUCCUCUGCGCCAACGGCUCGCUGGCUUCUACGAGCGUCACACACAACUCACCAAAGCAAUCCAGGAUCUUGGAGAUGUUCCUGCCAAAUUGCAUGCGAACCAGCACGAAAUCUUUGCCGUCACAGGCAAGGUCAAGAGCCAAGAAUUCCGUCUAAAGUCUCUGCAAACCAUCUCACAAGAGACAAGAGAAGCACAUGCAAAGAUGAGCAGCUCACUCGCCAAGCGUCUCAUGAACAUGCGCGGUCGGCGCUCCCGCUUACUUGUCCAAGCUCACAACGACGCAGAAAAAGCCAUGGUGCAACAGGCAGCACACGAGGCUGAGCUGGAGCAGAACCGCUCUACACUAGCUUCAAAGCAACAUCGUCAGAGUGAUCUUCAGAGCGACCUCAUCGAAUAUACAAGAAUAUCGAACGAGCUGGACGAGAUUGAUCGGGUGCUCUUUGAUGGCGCGACUCCUGAAUUUCCACAAGAUGAUCUUGCAGAAUGGGAAGUCAAAGCCUGGCUCCAAGUGCAAGUCUUCAUGGCUGCCGAGACGAACAGGGAGAAACGAGCACGAGGGAUGCUCAAGGAUGCCAUACCCAUUUUAGCUUCGAUCAUCAAAGACGUACAAACCGCUCUUCAGUUCUGCAUCGACGCCGGUGUUGCAAGCAACCAGAAGUUCACCAAGUCUCUGACGUCAAACACUUCGACCCAGUCAACAGUCAAGGGCACACAACCACUUGUCUUGAGAGCCAAAACCAACUCGGGCAAGUUUUACACCACGAUUGCCAAAGCGCGAGGCAGUCAGAUGCUGGUCGAGCGUCCACCAGACUUGCGACUGAUCGAGCUUCAUCUGCUGCCCGGCAGUAAGAAUCCGAAAGCGACUGACGAGCGCGGGCUGCACAAGUCACUCGAGACUUCGUAUGCGCAAGCAAAGGCGCUAGAUGCUUAUCUGAAGCGCGAGGUCGCGACUAGUCUAGAGCGCCAAAAGAAGCUGACAGCCGAAACCGCAAAGCUCCAAGAGACAGUCAAGAGCGCACGCCUGCACCUCCGUCAAAUACGUCGAAGCAUCGUCGAUUCCGUGGCGAAGGAAGGCAUGAGUCGGGAGGAAGACAGGCAACGGCAUGUUGCGAUAUCGACAGGCUCACAACACAGCGAGGCAAAUCACAGUGCAGAAGUUGAAUCACAGUGCGAGAACGGACAGCGGAUCUACGCGCUACCGCUGCAAGAUGCGGCCAACCCAAUGAUUUCGACGCAGUACCAGGAAAGCCUGCGAAAGGAAGCGCUUUCUCGACUCCGCAAGCUUGUGGCCUUGCCUGAACCCGAUUCAGACGACGACAAUCUUUAUCCGAUGAUUGCUUGA